AGGACAAUACAGAGGAGCAUUAUAAAAAGUUUAGGGUCAUCCGAUCGCCGGCGCCGAAUGAAUAUUAUUUAAGAAAACAAGUGAAAAUUGAGACUCCAGAAAUAUCAACAACAAUCCAACAAGAUUGUUGGAAACUCAGCAAAAAAGAUGUAUUUGAACACAAGUUCAAAUUGAUGUAUUAA